AUAUCAUUUAAUGUCUCGCUACAUCAAUUUAGUAAAAAUCCAUAUCAUUUUUAAAAGUAAGAUAAAUCUGUUCCAUGCAAACCACUUGAAGAGUUUGAUAUUAAAAUAUAUAGAGAAAAACUUAAUGAUAAGUAUGGAAAAUCACCAUUAGCAUCAUAACAUAUUUAACCAACAUCACCAAAAAAAAGCAGUAAGAUUGGGUAUUUAAUUUCAUUUUAUAAUAGAAAUCCAAGUUUCGAUUUAUUGCAAACUAAAUUAAAAGAUUUUUCAAAUAAAAAAAGUACUUCACCAAUUAAAUCAAAAAUUGACCAAGGUUCUCCAAAUAGAGUUACAGGAAUUUCAUAAUAGUAAUUUCUUUAAACAAUUAUAGGAUAUCUAAAAUAGGCACAUUAAAUUUUACAUUACCAUCUCAAUAAAUGAAAAUUGGAUCUGUUUAUAAUACUUAAUAGUUGAAUGGACCAAUUAGUGAGGAUAGAAAAAUUUAUCCUGUUCGAUUCGAAACUGAAGUUUAAGAAAAAUAAAAAUUCUCUUAAAACUCGUAAGAAUUCAUUAUAUAUUUCAAGAAUAACAAAUAUGAUUCCCCUUCAUGAAAUUAUGAACAUGAGAAAUAAAUUAGAAAAUGCAUAAUUAAAUGUUAAUUAAAUUAGUUCUGCCUACACAAGUGAAAUGGUUAAAUUAGCCUCUGUUAUAAACUCUUAAUUGAAAAAGAAAUAAAAAUGA